CUUUUAAAACAACAACAAAAAAUCGGUAUCAGCACAAGCAUCCAAAUGCGUGAGGUGUGAGCUUCUAAAGGUAGUGCGUUUCCUGUGUGAGAGGAGUUGCAUCAAGAGAAAUCGGGUGCAGCGAGGUGUCGCACCAGGCUAUCACAACCAGGAGAGCUGGGGGCAAUGACAGAAACCCACGUGGGCGUGUGGCCGCAGGCCUGUAGUGCUCCUGGUCCUAUGCAGUACUCCUGCUGUCUUAUAAAGCUGCAGGCAAGUUUUCACGUGGCUUCCAUAGGUUGUUUUUAUUUGGAGCUGUCACUUCCAAGUAAACAUUUUCACGCACCAUGGCGUACCUGCUUUAGGAAUAGAAAGAAAUGCAGCGAAGAGAAAAACAUCCCAAACAGAUUUCUUGUGGUCUUCAGUUGACAGCUUAAACCUCACUAAGCAGAAACUGAGAGGCAUCUUUAAACAGUUUGCAAACAACGGACAAUUACCUCUUGGUUGGAGAAUAAAGGACCCAAGACAACUGAGUCCAAAAGCUUACACGGCAAAAUUAAUAACAAUACUGAAGUAGAUCCCAAGAUGACUUCCAUUAAGAAGGAGAACAUUUGUGAGCAUGAUGUGAAAAAAAUAGAGAAUGUUUGUCAGCAAAAUUACUCAAAAAUAUCUGUGGAGGUUGGUGCGAACCAUGUAAAUUUACUUCAGACGGGCAGCAUGUGUAACUUAGAGGCUGAGGACAAAAGUUCCGUCUUGGAGACACAGCCUGCAAAGGGGAUGCAGUCUGGAGACCUCUUUAAAAAUGCCAACAUUGAUCAGAUGCACAAAACCGGCAAGCAGGCUCAGAGAGGCUCUGAGGAAAGCAGUGGUAAAUGGACUCGGAAGAAAUUAUCAUCAGGCCAGUCUGAUGGAAAAAUGGGAAAUGCAAAGCUUUCUUCAAAAGACAUUGAGACAGAUGGGCAAGUGGCUUCGUGCAAUUCACAAAAGUUGAAGACUUGCAGUUCUGUCUGUUUAACAGGUGAACAAGGAGAAGGGGAUGUAGUUCCAGAAAGUCCACUUUCAGAUGCUGGUUGUGAUGCUUGUAUAUCUGAUGUUGGAGGUGCUGGGAAACUGAGCAGAUAUCAGAGCAGUUCAGGGGAUUCACCUGCUUUUGAGAAAGAAAGUGAACCAGAGUCACCGAUGGAUGUAGAUACCUCCAAAAACAGCUGUCACGGGUCAGAGGCUGAUGAAGAAACGAGUCCGUUUCUUGAUGAGCGGGAGGAAAUGAACGUGUCAAAACCCAUAAACAAAUCUUUCAGCACUCAAUAUGGAGAUGCUGAACUGGAGUCAAGAAAGUCAUGUUUUUCUGAUAAGGGAUGUGAAAGCUUUGAGGAAAUAGAUAAUUCUGUUAAAGAGGACGGUCUGCAUACAAAGUCAUCUGGGAUCACUCCUGCUCCGUCAUCAGAGUGCAAAGGUGCAAAACAGGGAGUGAAAAGAGACUCCAAAAUCACCUCUCACUUCAUGAGAAUACCUAAAGUUGAAGAGAAAAGAAAAGAAAAGUAUGAGUUCAAACCCCAGAGGGCAGGAAGAAAGAAUCCUAAAUACGUGCCACCUCCUCUUCCAACUAAUAAGAAAUGGUUUGGGACCCCAAUUGAAGACAUGAGAAGGUUGCCUAUGUGUGGGGCCCGUCUUGCUCAUCUGCGACCCUCAGCCACUCACACAGUAACUGUCAGGGUAGAUCUUCUGAGGGAAGGAGAGGUGCCUAAACCUUUUCCAACUCACUACAAAGAUUUGUGGGACAACAAACAUGUUAAAAUGCCCUGCUCAGAGCAAAAUUUAUACCCUGUAGAAGAUGAGAAUGGAGAUAGAACUGCUGGGAGUCGAUGGGAACUAAUCCAAACUGCCUUACUUAACAAAUUUACUUGCUCGCAUGAUUUGAAGGAGGCUAUACUGAGAUACAACGUUGCUUAUUCCAAGAAAUGGGACUUCACUGCUCUUACUGACUUCUGUGAGAAGGUUCUUGAAGAUGCAGAGGCUCAACAUUUGUUCCAGUCCAUUCUUCCUGAUAUGGUCAAGCUGGCACUCUGUCUCCCCACCAUCUGCACUCAGCCAAUACCUCUACUGAAACAAAAGAUGAAUCACUCCAUCACAAUGUCACAGGAACAGAUUGCUAGUUUUCUAGCCAAUGCUUUCUUCUGUACUUUUCCACGUCGCAAUGCGAAGAUGAAGUCUGAAUAUUCUAGUUAUCCAGACAUUAACUUCAACAGAUUGUUUGAAGGACGAUCACCAAGGAAGCCUGAGAAACUUAAGACCCUUUUCUGCUAUUUUAGGAGAGUCACAGAAAAAAAACCUACGGGACUGGUGACGUUUACAAGGCAGUGCCUGCAGGAGUUUCCAGACUGGGAAAGAUCUCAGAAGAAGCUGUCUAGGUUGCAUGUCACCUAUGAAGGCACCAUUGAAAGCAAUGGGCAAGGUAUGCUACAGGUUGACUUUGCAAACCGUUUUGUUGGAGGUGGUGUGACUGGGGCAGGACUAGUCCAAGAAGAAAUUCGGUUCUUAAUAAACCCGGAGCUGAUUGUGUCAAGGCUCAUCACUGAAGUCUUGGAUCACAAUGAGUGUCUCAUCAUCACAGGUACUGAGCAGUACAGUGAGUACACGGGCUAUGCAGAAACUUACCGGUGGGCAAGAAGCCAUGAAGAUAAGACCCCAAGGGAUGAAUGGCAGCGACGCUACACUGAAAUUGUUGCUAUAGAUGCAUUUCACUUCAGACGUUUCCUUGAUCAGUUUGGUCCAGAGAAAAUUAGAAGAGAGCUCAACAAGGCCUACUGUGGCUUCUUUCGAGCCAACAUUCCACCUCAACAUCUAUCUGCAAUAGCCACAGGAAACUGGGGAUGUGGUGCCUUUGGAGGGGACUCCAGAUUAAAAGCCUUAAUACAGAUAUUGGCAGCUGCCGAGGCUGGGCGUGAUGUUGUUUAUUUUACCUUUGGGGAUGUGGAGCUCAUGCGGGAUAUUUACAGCAUGCACACUUUUCUCUGUGAGAAGGGCCAAACUAUUGGGGAUAUUUAUAGGCUGUUACUGAGAUACUACAAUGAAGAAUGCAGAAGCUGUUCUACUUCUGGACCAGAUGUCAAGCUGUACUCUUUCAUAUACAACACCGUUGAGUCCUAUGCAGAUUCUACUGAUGAUGAUGAUGAAGAAAAGGGCUUGUGCUAUGAGGAUUGAUAUCUAUGUCUUUGAACAGAAUAUUGUUUAUCUCCUCCCACUAGUAUAUUGUGUGAAUUGAUGGGUGAAAUAUAUGAAUUGGUUUAACUACCGAUGGAGUCAAUAUAUGUUAUGUAUAACACUCAAACAAAAAAAAAAUCUCACCUUUGAGAGAUGAGAAGGUUUUUGUUUGAUGGCUUCAUAGAUAAAAGCCAUGUCCUCGUGUGUACAGAAGAGACUUUGGUAAAUCAGGUUUGCAUUAUACCUUGUUAAGCAGGAUGUUUUGUUACACGUUUAUAUUUCAGUCAAGAGGUGCUGAAAGACUUCAGAAGAUUUCUCUGUACUGCUUUGCCUUUUGUUUUUCAGAGAUGUUCUCUAGAUUUCUCAUGGAAGUUUAGUACUGGAGUACAGGCAGCCAAGUAACUCCUGGGAUGUUAAAAGAGAAGAGUUGUAAUGAUCAUUCCUACUAUAAUUUUGUCAUAAUUUGCUUACCUCCUUAGGAUUGCCACAGUACCUCCAGUUUUCUUACCAACUUUUUUAUUCAUUUAAAUACAAAUGCCCUGGAUUUAAUCUAUUUUUUAAAUAAAUGGUUAAAAAUUGCAAGCCUCUGGAGGAGCUAUAAAGCGUUUCACAACUGCAUUGUCUUUAUCAAAUCAGACAUAAAAGUUGGCAUGAAAAAGUGGAGAAAAUAUGAGAUAUGGAAGGAUGGAAAAAUGAGAAACAUUACCAUUUCCAUAGAAGGAGAGGGAAACAUUGUCACAUGAAACUCUUUGACACCAUUGUGUUAGUGCGGCCUGUUACAACACUGAGCAAGGUCUUGGACUUUUCGGUGUCUUUGCAGUUUCUCAAGGCUCACGGUUGUUGAUGAGCCUGUUUGAAUUAAGGUCUGUUGGUUGUGUUUCUAUUGGCAUAUCAAUUCUUUAUCACACUAUGCACAUAGGUAGGAUCCCCAGGGGACAGUGAGAGCGAGGAUGUGGAAAUCACUUACACAUCAGUGGGAGGGAAGUCUGCAGACUAGGGAGGUGAGCACAAGGUCUUCUUGAUUUAUGCCGGUGUCUCUUUAGGCAUGGGAGUGAUAACAAUGAAGAGAGAGCAAAAACAGUGUACAAACUGCUAUUACUAUUUCUGUGAACACCAAAUUAGUGUUGCUGUAGUACAUGGAUAGUUUACACAAAACUGCAGAUUGAGCUGUGAGAAAACUUUCACAGGUCUGUGUUACAAGGCCACUCCAAUGAAACGUGUCUAUUGGUAGUUUAAUCCCAGUUUAAGCCUCAAUAGCUGAGUUUAGUCUCUUCCGUGUUUAAUUUUUCUGGUCUGUCAUGGUUGCUAUUACCAGUUUAGCAAUACAAGUGAAAACCACAGCAUAUGUAGUGAGCUAAGGCUCACCUAAGCCUUUUGGCUAAAGUCAGAUGAAACGUCUGCAAACCUGAAACACCACAAGGUGAUUAAAUGCAGGAAGCAGCUGGCAAUGUGGCUUACGGUGAAGUCCUUGAGCUGCUCUGGUAGAAGCAAUAGCAGAGACUUUGGGUCACCUAUAAACACCUUUCAGGGCUGCACCUUUGCAUUGAUGCUAAGCAGGCAGCUUGGAAGCACAUUGCUUGGAAGGUGACAGACACAGCAGUUGAAGAGUUUCUUCCUCUCUUCCCACCAGCUGUAGCUUUCUCCACUGCCAUUCAUUAUAAGGAAAAGAUCUGGGAUAGAAUUUCAGGCCUCUUUCUGAGAUUGUGACUUGUGUCCUCAGAGUCAGCAGGAAUCUUUUCUCUUGCUCCUGAUGUUUCAUUUUUGGCUGAGAUUCUGGCAAUAGGCGUAACUGUUAUAUAAUCAGCUCUUACUUGGGUAUUUAGGUUCAGCUAUGAUAGUACUUCUAGCUGCAUUACUGAUGAUAAAUGUAUCCGUUAAUUAAGCAAUGGAAAAUUGGUGCUAACUGCCAAACCUUCUUCACCUUAUUACUCAGGAUUUCCUAUAGAAAAGGUGAACAGAAUUUGUUCCUAAACAACUGGAAGAAAACACAGCAAAAAGCUUUAGGUGUCUGGAUGUGAGCUCCCCUUUACUGUAAAUAAAUCUGUCUUUAUUAGUGCAAUAUUAAUUUUCAUUGUGAGAGGAAGUGAUUGGUCAGGUGUUAAAAAUGUACCAAAAAAAGAUGGCAUCAUAAUUGUACUUCAGCUCUCAAAACAGAAAAAUAUAUUGAACUUUGGAAGGAUUCUCUGAAGAUCAUAGUGUAAGGUAUCCAGCUGAGAGGUUUGGUUAUGUCAGGGGUACUCCUAGGCAUUUUAUGCAGUCUGUAUUUUCACUGAUACCUGAGGAUUUUCUAAUAUGAGGAAGAAUACCUUUUAUUUGAGAUUAUUCUUUAGGAUAUGUUUAUUUAUAUUUCUUUCCCCCUUAUGAAAUAUUGUUGUAUGGGCAGGAGAAAAGGAAAAUAACUACUCAUUUUCUGUUCAAUGUGUCAUCUGAAUAAGUUAUCCAUCCUGCAUCGUGCUGUGUGUCCCUGGUCUUGUAAAGGGCAACAUUGUAAGAACACUUGGAAUAGUUCUUUGCAGACAGGCUGAAGAUUAUAUUUUUCUUGAGGGUUUUUGUUUGUGUUGGAUUUUUUUUUUUUAAAGCAAAAAGGCCUGGAGUUAACAAUUAAUGGUGUUACAUUCCCAUGACUGUCCAGUUCAAUGAAGAGCUAAACAGCCCAGGAUGCUGCAUGUAGAAGCAGGAAUUUUGCGUCGGCUCAGUAUGUGCUCCACAUCUUUAUUUCCUUUCCCCUCCACCCACCACUCCUUGUUUAUAAACUACCUGGAACAUUUUCUUUAGCUGGAGAUGCCUUUUGGUGCUCUGUUUGCAGUAACCUGAAAUGGAGAUGCAAAUCAUCUCUUUGUGCAGCCUAGUAAGCUUCAGUUUCUCUCUUCCAGAAACUUGUUUAUGAGAUAUUCAGGGUUUUUUUGGGGGGGAGUUGUUACUUUAGGAUUGUCUUACUAUAUGAUUUCAAAUAAAAAUGAACUUCCUACCAAAA